UGAACCUGUCCUCUUGAUCACACUCAUUUAAUUUCAAAAUGGCAGCAUAGCAAAAUGUGUAUUGUAAAGUUUUGUGCAAACGAUAUAAAAAUGGCUAGUGAGAGUUUAGAAAAUAAAUCUCUGGUACAAAUAAGAAGAAAUAUUUUUGAAAAGUGUUUGUUUCCGGGUACUAUUUCGUGCGCUUCUAUUAAAUAUCAAAAACAAGGACAUUGGAGAUUGAGAAAAGCUCCUCAUAGUUACACAGGUUUAAAACAUAUGAACAAUCGAUUUAGGAGUGUUAAAUCUAUGCCAGAAUUAAAUUGUAUGGUCUGAAUAACAGAAACUACAUAAUGUGGAACAUUUCUAGAUUUGGUCAUGGAGGGUCCAUGAUGGGGCCAAAUUUCACACCUCAGAAGAGAGAUUUCAGUUAUAAUCUAACUAAUGUGGUUAUUGCUCCUGGCAAAUCAUUUCAAAACCCGAAUUUUGUAAAUAACCACUAUCCAAAUGUGCAUAGUCAUUAUAACAACCAGCUUUCUUUGCCAAACCAUAAUAUUUGUCAUACUCCUAUUGACAUACAUAAAAUUGCACCUGUUGACAUACCUGCACCUGAAACUGUCAAACAAAAAUCUUUGAAUGAAAAUUCUAGUCAGAAUAUUGUAAAAACCAUUAAAGAAAAACUUUGUGAUAGCCCAAUAAAACAAAUUCCUGUGGAGAAUAAGCAAAUGUGCCAUACUAGAAAACGCUGCAAGAAAAAUAAAAGUCACAAGAGAAAAGAACCAAACAAAAAUUCUAAAGAACAUAAUACGAAAAGGCAAAUAAAUGAUAUGAUGGAAAUAGAUUUUGAACCAGACAUAUCGAUGAACAGCUGUGACACUAAUAUGACAACUCUACAAUCCCUCACACCUCCGACAACUAUGCGUUUAAAAGACUAUAUAGUGGAUGUAUCCAGCUCGCCGAUCAAACUUAGCACAUCCAAUGAUGAUACUUUCACAUUUAUAUCUAUUACACCUCCCACAAACAAGUAUAUAAGAGAAAGGGAGUUGUCAAUGUGCGAAUCAGAAGACAGUUUUAUAGUUUUUGAUAGUGGUACCGAUGAAGAAUUAAACUUUUCGGACGAAUCAAAAGAUAGUAUAGAAUUUGAAACUGAUAAUGACGAUCGGGAAGAUGAGGAGGAAGAUGAUGAUUCUGAUUCCGAAAUAGAUGAUGAUUUUGAUUCGUCGAAUUCUGUCGUGCCGUCCAAAAAAGUGCGGUUUGCGGAAAACGAAGAACUCUGCGAGAUACAUCCGAUGGUGCAAUGGUCUUUUGCUUAUAGAAAUGCCAGAAAGGGACCUUGGGAGGAAUACGCUAGAGACAGGCAUAGAUUUAACAAAAGGAUCCAAGACACCGAAGAGGUACUUUCAAGUAUAUUCGAUCCAAAACAUAGAGAAAAUAUAUAUAGAGAACGAUUCGAAGAUCGUGUUUAAAUUUAUGUCUGGUAUUAUAUUAAAAUAUGUUGAGAAAUAGAUUUCCAGAAUAUAUUUAAUCCAAAUUCGAGAACAACUUCAAAUCAGUCUUAACUAGUCGACAAACAAACCAUAUUGAGCUUGUGCUUUGCAAUUUUGAAGUUCCCAAUUUACAUAUAAUGUGAUUUGUAACCAGGAAAAAAAUACUAUUGUUUUUUGUUAAAUGUGAAUCAAACUGAAAAAAAUCUACAUUUUUAUGUAUUUUGGAUAUCUGUUGCUCAAUUCAAAAUUUAUUUCUUUUGAGAUUAUAAAACGUCACGGAUAUUCUUGUAACAUAUAUUUAAACUACUAAUUUUCAUAACUAGGGUAGUUGGAGGCAAAAGCACGCAGUUUCAUUAUCUCCUGUUGUCUUCAGAAAUUAGAAUUGUUUAGAACUUUUCUAAUUUUAAAGGAGAGAUUCCAUAAUGUGUUUCCAUUUCAAGUAUCGAUAGAAUUUCUAUAAGUUCACUAAUAAAUGAAAAACAUGUUUUUAAAAAUAUAUGCAUUAACCCCUAAAAAUGAGGCCACAAGUGCCCAAUCUACAUUUCUCUCAGUUCUCCCACUCCCCUGGUCUGAGAUCUCUCGUCGACAUUGCCUUGCUUACUCCUUUUAUGUAGGUCAUUUUCGUUCUUCUUUAUUUUUAACGUUCCAGUGGUUCUCAAGUCAUUAUUUAAGUCAUUAUUUGUUCUGAUAUCCUAUACUUACUCAUCGUCUACACAUGGCCAUACCUGCUGAUUUGCUUUUCCUGUAUUUGCCUAGCCUUGACAUUAAUCUUUUUCAUAUUGUGAUAUUUGUAAUAUGUUGGAGCUUUGAAAUUCCUGCUGCUUGCCUUCAAAAAUCCAUUUCUAGGGAUAAUAUCUUUGUUUCAUUCUUGACGUUAACUACCACAUUUCACAUUCAUAUAAAACAAUGCUCUUGAAAAUUGUGUUGAAUAUUUGUUUUUUUUUUAUUUAGAAAAUUUCACUAGACCAUGGUAUGGAGUUCAUUGCUUCAAUGAUUUUUUUUCCAUUUAUUAUUCGUUCUUCUAUUUCUGGUUCUGUUCCGUAACUGCUUGUGAUCUUUGUUCCUAGAUACAUGUAUUCUUCAGUGGUUUCUAUUUGUCUUCCGUUUUCAAGUUGUAAAUCUUCUAUUUCUGAUCCGAUACCUUUAGCCCCCAUUUUUUAUAUUCUGAUAUUCUAGUCAUGAAGUCCAAAUUAUCUUUGCCUUUAGAGAUUACUACCUGGUCAUUUGCGAAAUGUAGAGUGUAUGAUAACUCAGUCGGAUACCCAUUCUGUGACACAGAAUGUCUCAAAGCUUCAUCUCAACAGAUUUUGAAUAUCCUUGGCGAUAGACUGUAGCUUUGUCUCAAUUUCAUUGUUACGCUGAAGCUAGAGGAAAACUGGUUGUUUAUUUUGUUUUUUGAGGAGUUAUCACAGUCUGUACUGUUCGAAUCAGAGUUACUUCUAGAGAAAUCUACUUGCCAGUGUUUACUAAGAAGAAUGUUAUCGUAGGGUUUUAAGUCAACGAACAGCAGCAUCUGUUGUCAUUUUUUUCUCAGUCAAUUGGUUCAAUGUAAAAAUAUGGUUUAUGCAUAAUCGUCCUGCUCUAAGGCCAGCCUGUUGUUUCAAUUGAUAUAAUUGAUAUUCUUUUUUCGAUUAGACAUUUCAGAAUUUUGCACCAAAAUUAAAAUGUAUAAAACCCCAAAUAAAAGAGAUGGUAACUAGAAAUUAGCGGUAAAUUUAAGAGAAAACUGUUCUUUUGCUUCUAAUUACCCUAUGUGAUCUUUGAAUUUGAUUUUUAUAUGGAAACUAAUAUUCUACCAUAAAUUCAAUAAAAUAAAUAUUUUUCUAAAUUAUUAAGGUUGUUGGAAAAACUAAUAAUAACUUUUUUGAAUCAAUUUUCAUUACUAAACUUUAAAAUCAUUCCACUUAAUAUGCAAUAAGAAUCUUAUUGACCGUAUUAAACAACAAUCUAAUUUGUGAUAUUAAUAAACAAUGUUUAUAAGCUGAAAACUCUCCAUUCUGCAUUCGUAAAUUCAUCAUCACAAUCUAAAUUCGCUUGAAUAAUUAAUACAUAUCAUUUAAAAUUAAUUAGUUAAUUAAGGACUUUCCUAAAAAUUAAUUAUAUACUUUCCAACUACCUAUCAUCUGCUUAUUAAUAAUUUUGAAUGUGAACACUAUUUACGCUACCAUAAAAUAGACUGAAGGUGAUGGUGUAAAGUAGUGUAAAUUGUUUCCACUUAUGAAUUUAGAAAUUUUGCUGCGUUUCAUAUAUAUUCGUGAUGCGCUUAUAAUCUUCCUGGCUGUGAUGUUCAGUAGAUAGGAAACACAUUAUUCUUGCCUUGCUUCAAAUUAAUAUUGAUUAAUUACUUUCAAUCUGUGAUAUUUUUAACAUUGCCACUAAGAUCUGAUUUAUUAACAUGUAUCAAUGAAACAAUUUUGAGGUAUUUUUACUUAUGGAAACUAUUAAAAAAGCGUCAUUUUGGUAGAAAAAUGUAAUUUUGAAUGAAUAUUCCAGGAGAAUUAAUUUACAUUUUAAAGGGAAAAGCUAAAUUUAAGAAAAAAAUCAGUAUUUAUUAUUUUUUCUUUUAAUACCUUUACAGAUACAAUAUUUUUAUAUCCCCUAGUUAUGUAGAAAAAUAAGCCUUUGAAAUUAUAUCAUCAAUUGGUAUAAAUCAGUAUAAUGAAAAUGAAAAGUUACAGCAAAAAUUAUUUGAAAAUGGCUACAAAAAAUGAUAUGAUUUUAAUAUUUUCUUACUUUAGGUACCCUAAUUCUUUUCAUAUGAAUUGUAACAAAUAUUUCAAUAUUCAAAAAGAAAUCACAAAAACAAAACCGUUUUAACGAAAAGGACCGCUGUUGAAAUGGGAGAAUUGAAUUGUUGACCUAUCAAAAGACAUUUUAACCUGACAGAAAACCACUUUGAACGCAAAAUUCAAUAUUUCAUAUUUCUAGAAAUAAAUAAAAAAUAAAUUAUACGCACAUAUAAUGAAUAACAACGUAACAGUAGUUUAUAGGGUGCAGUUAUCAGUAAUAGUCAUAAAAAACGUUAUUUAAGUAUUCUACCUUCCUUUUGACAAAUGAAUGUUCUGAAAUGUAGAACGUUUAGAAAACUAUAAAAUAUAAGCUGAAGAAAUUUUUUUUCUUCGAUAUGUAUCUAAAUUAUUAUGGCGCUUCCUUAGAAGAAACUAACUGUAAAUGAAUUAUUUCUCUGUUAUAAAUAUGAACUUUGAAUUUUAAAGAACUCAAAAUUUAGCUUAAACUAUUUAAAAUGAAUCAAUUGUCUUGGACUGAGAAUGGAAAAAACACAACUUUCUAUCAGAAUCAAUUAAUUAAAAAAAUUAUUUAUAACAAUAUUCAAUUGUUUCAUUUAAUCAUAAAGUUUUAUAUAUGAAUGAAUUUAAAUAAAAAAGUACCUUUGGAGAUAAAUAACAUUAUUUUUAUCAGAUUAUUUGAAGUAAGUGCAAACCAUGUCAUAGAAAUUAUUAUUUAUAAAAAAAUAAUGUAAUCUAAAUUUUAUAUUACUCUAUAUAAAUAGGGUAAUAAUAAUAAAAUAAUUCCUCCUUUCUUGCCUAAAAUUUAACCAAUUAAUUUUCUGUAAAUAUUUUAGGUGUUGGUAGGGAUAAAUAUAUUAUAAGGUGAUUAACAAUAUUUUUUGUAAUAAGGAAAUAUUUUAGCAAAUCAAUGCAAUCCAGAUUGAACAAUUUAUUAUUUAAAGGAAAAGAAUCUUCUUUUCUGGGGUAUUUAUGCUUUUAAGUUAUACAAAAAUGAUUUUUCUUGACACACCUGCAACAUGUUUUAAUUCUUCAUCUGCUACAACUUGAUAAUACAAACUAUUGUACCUGCCCAAUUUCCAUGUAUAUUUAUCGUGUUUGAAAAUAUGUCAAAAGUAUUCAAAAAGCUUUUCCUCAAUUGAAACGACUUUGCUUAUAUUUGUUCAUAAUUUUUGUUGCAAAAUAACAUCUGUAUUUUAUUUAUUUUCCUAUUUAUACCACCCUACAGCCCAAAGGCAAAUUAAAGCUGGGAAAGACAUACAUAAGAGUUAAAAAUUGAACAAUUAAAGUUGUAAAGUACAAAUAAACAUUGGUACAUUUAGAUGAAGUAUAAGUAAUAUACACACAAAAAUACGAAAAAAGUAAGCAGUUCUAAAAUUCCAUGAUAACUCUGCCAAAUACGAAUAAUGAGAAAGUUAUAGAAUGGAAAAAAAUUUCUUUUUAUGUUAGAAAUAGAAAAAUAUCCAGAGAGUUCUGCAUUUGAUAGUGACAUAAAUUAGUUCUAGCAACUGAAAAGUGGAAUAAAGAGUGGAACUGGGGCCACUCGAAGAGUAUUUAUUCUUAAAAGACCUACCAAUUCUGGACAUUAAAUUUUAUUCAUCACAAUUUUGUGAAAAAAUAUCAAGGAGGAACACAUAAGUCUAGUCCAUAGUUUCCCAAAGUUAGACCCACGAGGGAGCAAUUUCAAAGUGUACCUGAAAUAAGUUUAGCCGCUUUGGUCUGUGCCAGUUCAAUACAAUCCUAGAGUUAUUUAGCCGAUUUCUUUGAAAAAUAGUUUUAUUGGCUCCGGAGGUGUUAAGUAACUGAUAACGCUGUACUUAUCACUGUCAAUCUUCGGAAUAUUCUAUUGGCUGAUUUUGAAGAAAGGUUUUUUGAUCUAAAAUAUUUUUUUUGUAGUCUAAAGAUAUGUUGAAACGACCAAUCACAAAUUGUAUUUAUGUCAGAUUGUAGUAGUCAUUAAUGUUCGAUAUGGAAUGAUAAUGGCUUCAAAUCAUCUGCAUAAAGGAGAAUAUUAGAAUUUAUUCCUAAUACAUGUCAUAUAUAAAUAAUAAAAAUAACAGUGGCCCAAGUACUGAACCCUGGGGCACUCCAGAAGUUGCGUUAAUUUCUAUGGAGUUAAAACAAUUGUAAGUAACUGUAAGUAUGACAAAAAAGUUAAUUAAAGCAAUGUUGUAUAGUUUAAUCAGAAGAAUGCCGUGAUCUAAGCGAUAAAAGCUUUGAGAAAAUCUGUAUAGAUGACAUCAACCUGACCACCGCUAUCCAAUUGUUCUGCCGAAUACUGCUUAAGCACAUUAAAAUCGAGACUGUCGAUCUAACAGGAUAAAAACCCUGCUGUUUAUUACAUAUGAAUAGUUUCAUGUGGUGGACAACUUCGUGAAGGAGAAAAGUUGGAAAUGAUUGUGAUGGGUCGAUAGUUCUCAACCUAAUUUUAUUAUCUUUUUUAAAAAUGGGACAAAUUCGUCCAGUUUUCCAUAUCACCGGAAAUUUACCACAUUUUAACGAGAGAUUAAAAAUACAACACAAUUGGCAGACAGACGCACAGUCUCGUAAUAGAAAGGCUGGUUAGGAUCGGCACCAGAUAAAGAGUUUGGUUUUAAUUUUUUUAGGCUAUUUGAAACUUUAGACUCGGUGAUAUAGGGAGUAACACAAGGCCAACAAUUUAUUUUUGAAUGGAUUCUAUAUACCAGAAUAUUCUGCUACUCUAUAAAUUAUUAAGAAUAAAGUUACGAAGUAGUACUUCAUAAAGUAUUUUGAACAUUUUAUUGGCAUUCGUUCAAUUUCAAAUAUUUUUAGUGCGGGUGAUGUCAUUCAGAUGACUAAUUUGUGGAAAACAAACUUUAUUUUCAAAAUCUAACUACUGUGAUUCAUCUAGUAAAAGGAAACUCAAAUUUUAUGUUUCACGAUAGGAUCGCCAAAAUUAUCGUAUAGGAAAUUGAGUUAAUGCUUAUUAAACUAUUUGUAACUUGAAUCUUCUCUUGAAGAGAAAUAUCUUAUUCUGCGAAACUUUCUGAUAGUAAUUUAUUCAGAUUAAAAUUUUUAAUGUCUGUGUCUGCCUCUUCGUUAGAAUGUAAGUCAUGAAUAAACCUUUCGCUAAUUCUUCCAUUUUGUCUCGUCUGUAUCAAAUCAAAGCAUCUGCUAUCGGACAGCCAUGUGGAGCUAAACUUGUUUGUAUACUGAAAGUUACCUAAAACGUCUAGUCGUUGUAUUACUUAUGAAAAAGUUUUUUAUUUCACAGUAUUUAUUAACCUAGUAGAGAGGAACCCUGGAUUAAAAUAAUAGUUGUAACUAAAUAUUUUAUUUUAGAAUCCAAUUUAUACGACAUCAUAAUAUUAACCAAUAUUUUACAAUCAUUAUUGUGGACUGACAGAAAAAUUAAGCAUAUGCCCCAGAAUGUAAUGGUUCAUAUUUACCACAAUAUUAUAAAAUAAACAAAUGAAAAGUACCUAUUUUAACCCAAAGUAUUUCAUAAAAUGUUUGUUUUAAAUAGCGGUGCUAUUAUUUUUGUUAAUUAAAAUAAUGUCAUUGUAAUAAAUUUAAAAAUUUGGAA